AAGAGUGGAAGAUGGCUAAUGCAGGGAAAGUUUCCUCCAGACCUUGUUCAGCCUCGUCUCUCAGCCUGAUGUCAGCCGUUGUUGAUGGGAUGUCCACUGACCCGAUCUCGGGAAGCUGCACGUCAGUCAACACCGUGUGCUCGGACAGUGACCGCCCUGUCAGCCUCAGCUCCUCUACCUCCUCGGCCUCGCUGCAGGACAGUCACAGUUCGUUUGGGAGCAAUGGGGCUCUGGUGUCCAGCACCAGUGGCCUAAACUACCCGCCGCAGCAUGGAAGCGAUAUCAGCCUAGACUUGACGCCGGUCAGCCAUAUGAAGGCUCUGCCUGAUGAGAUGAAUGGAAGGGCUGAGAGCCUGGGGAUUGAAGCCAAUGGCCACGUGAUGGAGAGAGCUCCGAGGACCAAGUGCCAAAAUGCUACCUGCCCUUCUGUGACAUCCAAACCCAAAGAGCCACUUGCCAAGCUCUCACACGUGGAUAGAGUAGUGAAGGAAAUCAUUGAAACCGAACAGGCGUACGUUAGGGAUUUGAAGAGUAUCGUAGAGGAUUACCUGGGCUGUAUCAUCGACUGUGGGGAGCUGCCUCUGAAGCCAGAUGAAGUGAACACCUUAUUCUGCAACAUCGAAGACAUCUAUCAGUUCAACAGUGAGCUGCUAGAAGACCUGGAGAGCUGUAAAGAUGCUGUCGGGGUGGCUGAGUGCUUUGUUGAGCGGAGUGAAGACUUUGACAUCUACACGUUGUACUGCAUGAACUAUCCCAGCUCUGUGUCUGUCCUGCGGGAGUGCAUGAAGAACGGAACCCUGGCUAAAUUCUUCCGUGAGCGGCAGGCAACCCUUUCGCACUCGUUGCCCCUGGAAACGUACCUCUUGAAGCCAGUCCAAAGGAUCCUUAAAUACCACCUCCUGCUACAGGAAUUGGCCAAACAUUUUGAUAAAAGCGCCGAGGGUUAUGAGAUGGUGAAGGAGGCGAUUAUCACCAUGACAGCCGUGGCCUGGUAUAUCAACGACAUGAAGAGGAAGCAGGAACAAGCUGUGAGAUUACAGGAGAUUCAGAAUUCGCUACUGAACUGGAAGGGGCCUGAUCUGAUAGCGUUUGGAGAGCUGGUUUUGGAAGGAACGUUCCGGGUCCAGAGAGCCAAGAAGGAGCGGACUUUAUUCCUGUUUGAUAAGAUGCUGUUGAUCACCAAGAGGAGAGCAGAGCAGUUCACCUACAGCAUGCACAUCUUUUGCUGCAAUCUGACAUUAUCCGAGAAUUUGAAGGAUCAGCUGAGUUUCCGGGUGACGGAUUUGACCAUUCCUAAACAGCAGCACACUCUCCAGGCUAAGAAUCAGGAGGAGAAGAGAUUGUGGAUCUAUUACCUAAAACGGCUGAUCGUAGAGAAUCACCCAGCAUCCAUCCCACAGAAGGCAAAACAGGUCCUGCUCGAAAACCACUCUCACCACGCAUCUGAGAUUCCAUUCAGCCCAGAAUCGUUGAUGAACAUUUCCCCCUCUCCCCGUUUAGACGAAUCUCGGGGGUACCAGCGAGGCCGCAGACAGUCCGAACCUCCAGAGUUCAUUUACACCCCAGAAAGGGCCAAGAAAAUAUUUCCCCUGCUAAACACAGAGACUCCAUUAACACUGCGAAGGGGGAGGAGACAAUCUGAACCGAGCAAACAGAUCCAGGCAGUGAUUGAGCAGAGUGGAACACAGCUGAAGUAUACAGGCAGUGAGGACGACCUGCUUUCCAACAUGGAGACGUUGAGUUUACUGGGCAGUGUCAGCACACUGGCAUCCAGCGUGGUGGAGCUGGAGAUCAGCACCGAGGUCCAGGCUGCAGAACCAGGUUCACCAGAGGUACCAAGGCCUAAUCUUCCAUCCAGAGGUGAGGGCCCCAUAGAGCGAAUAGCCCAGAGUGAGGAGGAGAAGCAGGAGGAUGUGGAGCAGUAUGAAGACCCGGAAUUCAGUGGCAUCGGAAACAUCGAUCUGGAGAUGGAACAGAUAUUUGCUGACAUGGAGCUUUUGCAUAAGAAAGCCUCUGAAGAUCUGGGUGCCAUUGUCGAGGAGAGCUCGUUCCAAAGCAAGGCUACCAUUGGGGACACUCCGCUGCUGGAUGAUUUUGAAGAUACAGAUGUUGAAGCAUCUGGUCUUUCGCUGGUAGAUAUUUCACCUGUUAACAGAGCUGAGGAAAUUAGAACAUGCAACAGUGAAUCUUCAGAAGACGAUGAUCUCCGCAAGGCAACGCGGCCACCCUCUCUGCAGAAUUUGGAGGAUUUGAAAGAGUUGGACCCACUGAGUGAGAAAAACCAAGUUGUCCAGGAAUCUGAAGACAUUGUUUCAUUUGCUAAUGGAAAAUCUACCGUCAGAGACACAGUGUGUAGUAGCCAGAGGCCAUUAUCCAGCAAUGAAGACGCCCACAGCUCCAGCAAUGAGAGUGAGUUGAACUCAUCAAGUAGGAAGGAUAAUUCUAAAGGUAAUGGCUAUCUUGCAUCAAUGGAAUCUGAAAAGUUAGUUGAGGAGGACUUCACAGCUGCAGAGAUGGUGCUAAGUACUAGCCCCACUGAUAGAUCAGAAAAGACAAACAUGAGUAAAAAGGACUUUGUACGAAUGGAAAAUGACCGACUGCUGAUUGAGAAGAUCAAGAACUAUUAUGAGUCAGCGGAGAUGAACAAUGACCAAUUCUACCUACAACGAAGAGAGAGCAUCUCAUUUAUCCCAACAGGUGUAGUGAGGGAUUCCAUUUUACGGUUUAAUUAUAAGAUGACACACGAGAGCAUACAGGAGGUUCAGAAUGACAAGGUUAACAGCAGCAGCUCCCGAUCUUACUCAUCAGUCAGCGCGUCAGUUUCAACCUCGAGUUCUGACUCCCUCUUGGAAAACUCCGAACCUCGGCCCGGUUCCGCUCAGGAUCAGGAAGAACGGAAGUUGUCCAACGAAGGCACAGGUUCGCCCUGUUGUAAUGGCUCUGCUGAAAGCGAAUCAGAAACGGAAUUUAAGACCUGUGCAGAAAUUAUCAAAGUUUGGAGAGAAAUGGAGAAGGCAGCUCAUUUUUGCCACAAACAUGAAUCGUGGAACGGAUAUGCCAAAGCAGCGAGAAAGAAUAAGGGAUUACCCAACCAUCAGCAGACCAGCUACAGCGAGCCUCUGUUGAUCCUGGAGGAUUCUGAUCUCAGCUCAUCGACAGACCUUCCCAAAGAGCCACCAGGGAUUGAGCAGAAUCUGGCAGAUGAAAAGAAGGAUCCAAAACCUGAUGUAAAAGCCCAUCGGGGAAGUGAGUAUUGCCCUGGCGACAAUGCUCCUUGUUGUGUUAGUCACGACAUGGCUGGGUUACCGCUCUGUGAAGACCUUGAUAGCUGCCUCUUUCAGAACUCUGAGAAAAUCAUGAAUAAAGUUCAAGUGUUGGCAAAAAUGUACAGCCAGAGAGUCAGCAGAAAGAAAGCCCCAAUGCCGAGGAGGAUCUGGGAACUGGGACCUGAGACAAGAGCAGAGCCUAAGCAACGGAAGAGAAGACAAGUAAUGAAACUGGCUCGAGCACAGGAAGAACACCAGGAUGUCAACAUUUAUGAUGAAGUUAAGGCUCUGGAGCAACCAACUCCAUAUGGACAUUUGGUCAUUCAAGAUCCAAUCCCUAUCCUCUAUGCCCAGGAGAACACCAUACAGGUCUCUGUAUCCAAAGCAAAGUCUGAAAUCUCGAGCCUACAGCUUCAGGAUAUGGAUGCAGGUUCCCCAACACAGCAACUAGCUGACUCAAUGUUGCAAUCUAUCUCCUCAACAGAUGCCAACCAAAUGAUUCCCUCUUCUCCAUUACCAAUUGCAACAAGCCCUCAAACAUCUGCCUUCAAAUCUUCCAACUCAGCGCCACAGACUUCACAGGUUCCCAGUUUAAGGGCUGACAGUUCUUCAUUUACCUGGAUUAGCUCAAGACCACAAUCACCAACUUCAGCCCUCCUUAAUUCCUCAUCAGCAAACUUGCUUCUAUCUGCUUCCAGCAUUAAUAAACAAGCUCCUUCAUCGACAACAAGUUCUCGAGCGCAAUCACCUACCUCACAAUGUCUGGGCCACGGUCAGCACAACUCGCUUCUGACCACUGCGACAAAACCAGUUCCUCCUCCAUCCCAAACAAGUUCCAGAGCAUGUUCCCCGACUUUGGAAUGUUCCAGUCUCUUGGCACAAAAUCAGAACCUAAGUUCAAAGGAACACAUUCCACCUCCCUCCCCAUUAAAUUGCAAGGACCAGUCACCGAUUGCCGAUUGGUCAAGUUCGGCACUGGAGGGAACAUUUCCAUCAAGUACAAAGUCAAUGAACCAUCGAAUCCGUCCAUCCCAAACUCCUACCAAGACUCAGCCACCAGCUCUACUGCGCAGUAACUCUGCAGAGCCAAUCUCUGAUCACCAGCGUGAUGGUUCAGGGGUCAAAUAUCUUGCUCCUACCGCUGAUGAGUUACUCAAACAGUGCCUCAUGGUGAAGACUCAAGAUGCAGAGGGCUUGGUGAGUCCAUCGGAGAGAACCUCCGUGGAUCAGUCGCAGUCUUCAGCUUCUACCAGUCUGGUACAUGAGACACCUCCAGCCAAGUAUGGCAGCUCUUUAAUGUGCACUAGCUCAGAACUUUGCUGCUCACUGCCAACAUGGGUCAGCCUCCGUGGAAGAUCUCCAUCCCCAUCUGCCAUAAAACAGCUGGAACAGUCAAUGAAGCCCCCCAAAGGCAGUGCUGCUUUGGCACGUGCUACUCACACAGUCCAGCCAUCCCCAUCCAUGGGUCCCGAUGCCAAGAUGCCUUCACCGCUUCAAACACGCAACAGCCCCACAAUAUGUGCCACAUCCUCCAGGGAGCAGGAGUGGUCACCCUCGGUAUCCAACCUUAGGACAGACUCGCUUCCUCCAAAGUGCACAAGUUCAAUGUUGGAUUCUGGUUGUCCAUCGAAAACUGCCAAAGAUUGCUCUCCAUUCCCUCCAGGGAGCAGUGUGGAGGCACAGCCCCUUUCACUAAGUUUAAGACUGCGAUCACCCUCUCCCUUUCGACGCCAGAGCCGGAUGCAGAUGUCAGAUUCAGGAGGCUUUAAGCAAUAUGAAGAGCUCCCGACCUUCAGCAAUCAAAGGCCUGACUCUCUUCAGUUGUGCCCAGCGACCUCCUUGCACCCUGGCCCCACAUCACCUUCACCCUCUGCUACCACUCGACAAGUUCACUCUCCGUCCUUGCUGUGCCCAAAGCAACGGGCCCCUUCUCCAGCUCUGCCUAGUUCAAGACCUCAAUUGCAAUACCAAAGAGGGAGAGUCAAUUCUUUACCUUUGUUAAGUGGACCAGAAGCCUUCAGCUGCAACAAAGCAGUGCAGUCAUCAUCUUCAGACACUGGUCUGGGAGUUUGCUUAUUCCUGUCAUCACCAGUAAAUUCAUGGGUGCCACCUACAGAUGCCCCUGAGAGCUCCUACGCUAACCCAGCUGUGGCACAAAGAGAUUCCCAGGAGCAAAAUUCACUCUCCAGUUGCAGUAACUCUGAGACACAUCCUCCAGGUCAAGGCUUUCAGCUGUCACCGGAGUGUGACAAAGGAUUGAGGUUGUGUCCUCCAUCUCCAUUGCCUCGAACGCCAUGUCCUGACUCCUCCAUUUCAAGUUAUUCAGCAUCUCCGACACGAGCGUCACCCUUCAAAAACCUCAGGGAUCAAUGUCCCUCGCAAAAUGCAGAGACAGCGGACACACUGGCCCUCUUGCACACGAGCACAAAGCCCCGUUCACCUGCUGUGGACCCAGGACUUUCUCUUGCCUCUCAGCGCUGCACCUGUCCACCAACUGGAACCCAGCUCCACAAAGAGAUCAUCUCCCCUUUUAAACUGGACAGAAGCUCGGAGCACCUAACUUCAGCUGCCAACACUGUCAACCCAUCAGCAACAGCUCCUUCAUCAGCAACCCCGGCUCCCGGAGUAUAUUCCCUGAUGCGUAGUCACUCUGUCGACGUCUUUACCCCUGUCUCCUGUUCCGGUCCCAGGGUUCACUCUCCAGUGUCCACCUGCACCCUCAGAAGGAUGAGGUCCACUUCCCCAGAAAGGUCCAGCUCUGCAGGACUAUCACCAUCAUCCUCACAGACGAGCUCGAGAGUAGGAUCCCCUGUUUCACUAUACAUCAAUAUACAGGCCCAAUCACCUACAUCCUCCAUAGGCCCAUCAUCGUCUUGUCAAAGCUCCAGAAUAAUGUCACCCCCCAUGUCACCUCCUACCUCCAGCCCCAGUAAAUGGAUCAAUGGUUCAGUGCAGGUGAAUCAGCAAACCGGAGGAACCAGUAAGUCUUGUGUUAACGUCAAGGAUUGGUCAUGUAGCCCAGCGUAUGGAGGUUCUAGGGGAAUCGGCAAAGGCUGUGUCAGAGAGCUGACCAACGGGCGAUUGUACAACAAGGAACAGUUCAGCAGUCUAUCUUGCACUAGUCCAGAACUCCCCUAUUCUGCUGAGCGUAAAACUAGCCCCUCUUCUGAGGAACUGGAGACUGUCACAUGGCCUGUUGUCCAUGAGCUUCAGUCAAGGGACACCACGGUUGAUGGUGAAGAUUCCAUGUCUCAGAGCUGCCAGAAGACAGAGCGAGAGGACACGGUGGUGGUCACAGGUUGUGCCGAGUCACCUGACCGGAGGGCUGAGAGCACGGGGAGGUUUAUGGACGUCACUGAUGGUGGGGCUGCUCAUCUUUCGGCUGUUGAAGCCGGCAACGGCCAAGUCGAGAGCUUCGGCGGCUCGACGCCUGGUAAAAGCGCGACUGAAGCUAGUCCGAGCAAAGAGAAAGGGAACGUGAAAGCCAGCUACUCCACCACCGUGAACCUUCAAAUAGGGGGCAGUGGGAGGACAGCGACCUUCAGCAAGGCCCAGGUGAGUCUAACACAGAUGUUCCUACCAGUGAUGGGACAGUCCGUGAGAAAGGUCACUGGAGGCAGCGGAGCUUUGCAAACAACGUGAUCGAGGCCCACGGUCCCAUCGCUGUCAUCGCCAAAGCUUCAAAACUGCCAAAGAACCUCAUUUUUAUCCCACUAGCGUACUUUUGUUAACAGGAUCAUAAUAUGGAGCACACAGAAAUGUUUAACCUCACCAGCACAGACCAGGACCCCCAAUAUGGACAGACAGCUGCAUUCGGGAAAAUGUAUAACAACCGCGGGCGAUGGAGAGUGUCACCUUUUGAGAAUUAGAAAUUGCCAAAGAGAAGGCAAGGCCCACGUGGGGCAUCCCAGUGAAUUCCAGGACUCUGCAGAAGGCAGUAAAAAGUACAAAAUAUACCGGGUCUUAGGGGGUUAAGUCAUGAGGGCAGCUUGCAGAAAUGUGACUUGUAGCCCCCUGGAGACUGAGAGUCUGACCUCAAUGAGAUGAUUAAAGGUUGCGAUAGGGUAGAUACAAGGAAACUAUUUUCUCCGAUGGGUGAAUCGAGAGCAAGCGGCUAUCACCUUUAAAAAUUAGGGCCAGGUCAUUCAGGAGAGUGACGAGAAACACAAUAUGUCAGAGAAAUUGUGGAAUUCUCCCAUUCGGCAAAAGGCUGUGGGUGUUGGGAGACAGUUCGAGCUUCCAGGGCUGAGAUUGAUAGGUUUUUGUCUGGUAAGAUUAUCGAAGGAUUAAGGAGCAAAGGUGGGAAAAUGGAGUUGAGAAGCAGAUCAGCUGUGAUCCAAUUCAAUAGCAGAGAAGGCUCGGGGGAGCUGAUUGGCCUCCUCCUGUUCCUAAGGACAGAUAGUUUAAACACCAAGUUCCAUCAUUUUGCUCAGCUUGUCCAUCUUGAGUGAAGACAGGAUUGUUUAAAGAUAGUGUGGUGUCUGAAAGAGCCUCACAAAUACAGAAUGCAUGUUUGCGAAUGUCUGAGACGGUUCGUAUUAGUGUGCUUGAGAAUUCAAAGUUGAAAGGAGUCAGAGUUAUUGAGAGCCAAGCCGGGCCCAUCUCUCCGAUUGCUCGGGUGCUAAAGGUGCUGCCCAGUGUUGUAUUGCAUCGUGUAGAGAGCAGAAAAGGGUUAGUGAUUGGUUCCUGGUCUGUUUGGAGUUGGCCAACGUCACCCUGCGCGACGAUUGGUUAUUGAGAGAGAGCAGUGGGUCUGGUGCCCGUUGGAACAUUUGCAUUUGAACAUUGGGUAGAAGAGAACGGUCGGACUUGUCAUCCCAAGCGCUUCCCCCCAAGUUCAAAUAGCCUGACUGUCAAGGCUCAUGGGCGGGGAAUAAUUCCCAUUUCCACCUCCUCGCCCAGGAGUGGGUGUCAGAGUUAAUUUUACCAGUGGGAAAUCCAUGCCACAUUACCCACACCCUUUGGCAAUGGGCUAAACCAGAAGAAUGCUGUUUGGGUGAGAUACCAGGGCAGGGCAAUUGGAACCCAAUGGAUUUCAGCAACCUUUUAUUGACAAUGGUGUAAGAGAGUCAGAGUGGGAGAGGAGGGAAGUUGACACAUUAGUGGUCAGAAGGCUCCAGGGGAUGGGGGUUAGCGGGUGGUAUUGCAGACGAAUGGGGGUCACAGGAAAAAGAAUGUAUUGGUACGAAUGUACAAUGUUCGUUUCAGCUGCUUGAUUGUAAAUGGAAGGGCAGCUGAUCGAUGGGUGGGUGACUUGUAUCAUAUCGCUUGGCCCACAGUUAAGCAUGCUGUGGAUGAGAUCAAAAAGUGUCCAAACUUAACCACGAAGAUGGCUAAAAAAAACAGCGCAACGGAAGGAGGAGCCCAGUAGGUUCUCUUGGAGAGCAACAUUCUGUGAUACCGCCUCAAAUCAGAGAGAAGGCACUUAACUUUUUGACUUGCACUGUACACCCUAGAGGCCAUAUCUUGGCUUUAUGUUGCAUUGGGGAGUGCUUUGAGUUUUUUUUUUAAAUACCUACGAAAGUUCUAGUUUUUAUUUUUGUUAAUUGCAACGUAUGUAUCAUUAUUUGUCAUGAACUCUUUAAGAAAAAGAGAAGGCACAGUUCUGUAAAUAUCACAACGAAAUAACGUGUCAUUGCAAUCCUGCCCAUCGGUUGACCUGGGAUCUCUUUUGUCUUUUCAAUUUAUAUGACUUUUGUUGAAAUAAAGAAGUUUGUUAAGGCCA